AUGCAGAAAUUGCCUUUCACAGCCGCUGAUACCCUGCUAGGCCUUCCUGAAAUCAUGGCGUCCACCGCUCAGAUGCAGAGGCCUUAUCCUCCGAUUUACCACACCCCACAAUCAAGCUCUCCAGCAUCAGUCGCUUCUCAAACACAUGAUCAACAUAGCCGAGGGCUUUAUGCGCAAUCACCGCAACUGGCGCCACAGAUGUAUGGGUACCAACCAUAUCCAUCUAUCAACCCUGUACAGCCUCCUCCAUAUACAGCGCACACGUCUCCCCAACAGCACCCGCUUACAUCGCAAUCUAUGAUUCUGCCUCAUCAUACAAGCACCGCACAGCUACCUCACCAGCCUCCCCAAGCACCCUCUGUUACUAUGGCCCCCAGUCCUAUUGCCGUCACGGCGUCUCAACCGACACCACCCCAGAGAGCAAUGCUGAGCCCACCGCAUUCUGCAUCGGCUGGUGGUCCCCUUUCCGCCAAUAGUAUCCACCAUACAACUCCAAGCGCCGGUGCAAGCUCCAGCGCAGCGCCGGGGCCAAUUCCGGCGACAACUCCUCUCGUAGUGCGACAAGAUAGCAACGGAGUCCAAUGGAUCGCGUUUGAGUAUUCUCGAGAUCGUGUGAAGAUGGAAUAUACUAUUCGGUGUGACGUCGAAUCUGUCAAUGUGGACAACCUUACCCAAGAGUUCAAGACAGAAAAUUGUGUCUAUCCUCGGGCUUGCUGCAGCAAGGACCAAUACAAGGGCAAUCGACUUGUUUAUGAAACGGAGUGCAACGCCGUCGGUUGGGCUCUUGCUGAUUUGAAUCCCGCGCUGAGAGGGAAGCGUGGACUCAUUCAACGAGCCGUCGACAGCUGGAGGAACAGCAACCAGGAUCCUCGACUUCGAAGCCGACGCGUGAGGAGAAUGGCAAAGUUGAACCGGCGCCAGGGGCUCCCUGCGCAACCACCUACCCACAUGGCUGCUGCUCCUCCUGUCCCUCCGGGUAUCCCAGGUGGUCUUGCAGCGCCUGGUUCCCGUCCCGGACUUGGGCCGUUGCCUAUGGGACCCCCACAGCUACACCAUCACCAUGCUCAACCUGAAGGUAGUGGAGGGAAUGAAGAUGUCAGCGGUAUGUUUCACCACAUGUGA